UGGCCCGAGCUCCCACUCCAACUUGCACCACAAUGGAAGCACCCAAAUUAUGAGUGGGACCCAACAGCAAUCAGCAGCUUCUUCCCGCUCAAUCAACACCAGCUCUUUCGAGCCCCCAAACUCCUCAUCACACACUCUUUGCAGCUGACACCAGCUGCCCACUCUCAACGCCACUUAUCAUCGCCGACUAGCUAGAGCUCACUCACAGUCCACCAUCGCAAAAGAGGCAGCGUCCUCUUCGAUUACCCCAUGAGUGCCCGAGGCGGAAGCCGACCACCUCCUCGAGGCCGCCCAAACAAGGUGACGAAGCCCACAGCCGGCCUCAAGAGGGACGCCCACGGCCGCGCCAGCCGACACUCCUCCGUGGCAGCCGACCAGCUCGAGCAGCUCGCCCACGAUGCGGAGGCUGAGGCCGAACACGAAGAUGACGACGAGAUAACCGCCCCUCCCCAACAUCACCAACAUCAUCACCAGCAGCAACACCACCCGCACCCCUUCGACCUAGCCGCCGCAGGCAUCCUAGCCAACGGUCCUCCCGGCACAGUACCCGGUGCUGACCCCGAUAUCCAUCCCGACCUGCACAGCCUACCGGCCCAGUUCGCCAUGGAAGCUCAGAUGGGCGGCCAUGGUCCCGGCGGCAUGUCGAGGACGGCCGAAGACCUCGCCUCCGAGAGUGGGUACGGCCAGCUACUCAUCGACAGUGCCCUCGCCAAGCGACUGGCCAACAAUGAAGGAGAGCGACUUGCAGUACAGCGCCGCCAGGAUCAAACUCUGAACCUCAAGAGAAGGAGCAAUGUUGAGGCACUACUGGCUCACGUAUCGGGACAGGAAGCUCAUAGUCCCUGCAAGAGUUGCCAUAAAGGAUACGGACCCUGGAAUGGAUGUGUGGUCGUUAGUGGCCAGAUGUGUGGUAGCUGCGCCAACUGCUGGUUUAACGCGAGCGGCUCACGCUGUUCUUUCCACGAGAACAACCUACCUCAGCACAUGCCAGCCAUACAGCUGCAGCCUGUGCCACAGGUGUCGGCGAACACAAGCUUUGCCGGCACAGCGCCGAUGGCUCCCGGCAUGGCCCCCGCAGGCCCCAGCUUCGGGCAGCCAGGCGCCGAUCCGACCAUUGGCCAAUUCGUGAAAGAUGUGCUGGACAGAGCGAUGGCGGAGGCACGGAGCGAUAACCCCCACGUUCGAUUCCAGCUCCGGAUCGAAACGGCGGCGCGGCAGCUAGCAUUAGCUAGCGCCGAGUACGCCGAGUUCCUCGCCCAGCAGGGGGCCCACGAUCCGAGUCAGCAUCCCGACCCAGAGGGCUCCGUUCCGGAGGCGGCGAUGGGGGAGGGGGAUAACGGGGCGUGAGAGAGAGAGGCUCUACUCACCUUUCCUCCCCUCCAUGCUUUCUGCUUACAUCUUCGAGUACCGAAGUGUAAAAGACGAGAUGAAUUCGAUCAUCGGGACUGUAAGGCGUCUUCAGGUCUGCCAAGUUUUCGGAGUUGCCAAGAUGGGGUGCCCGAGUCGCCGACACUGCGC